GGUUACCGUGUCAUGGCUGCCGUACCGGACUGCAUGGAAUGCUUCGGCUCUGCUUUUCGGAGCAAAGGCACGCACACAAAUUCUUCUGAUUUGACUUACUGUGCAGCGAUAUUAUUCUAAUCGCUCGUGUGGUGCCUGAUAGCGGUACAGAUCCGACUGCGUUCGAGAAAUAAUGAUUCACUUUGUGAGGCAAAUAACGCGCGUUACAGGAUGUAAACACACUCCCCUAGAUGGACUAAAAGAAUGCCACCCAGUAUAUUUGCAAGACAGAGUUCAGAGAUUGACUGGUGUGAAGGCAAUUACCUGCAUUCUGAGUAUGUGGCAGAAUAUUAUAACACGGUCAGUAAUGUUGUCUUUCUUUUGGUUGGCCCCCUGAUGAUGUAUCUGCUGCACCCAUAUGCUUGCACACGCUCACUGGCAGUUCAUCUUGUAUGGCUUAUGUUUAUUGCUGUUGGCCUUUUUUCUAUGUACUAUCACAUGACUCUAAGUUACAUGGGCCAGUUGCUGGAUGAGAUCUCCAUUCUUUGGGUUAUUGCGGUAGGCUAUUCUAUCUGGUUUCCAAGGCCCUGUUUCCCAGACUUCAUAAAGAACAGGAGUCAUUUUGGAACAGUUAUUUUCACUCUGGCUGCAAUCAGUACAAUGCUGUCAUUUGUGAAGCCAGUAGUUAAUGCCUAUGCUUUAAACUGCAUAACCUUCCACAUACUGUAUAUAGUAGUAAAGGAGAUAAGGAAGUGUUCUAAUCACAGGAUCCUUCAUUUGGCCUUUGUUUCCGUUUGCCUGUGGAUAGUAGCAAUUUCCUGCUGGCUGAGUGACCGUCUCUUCUGUAGCUUCUGGAGAAGGAUAAACUUCUGUUAUUUACACAGUAUCUGGCAUGUCUUUAUUUGCAUCACAGUUGUGUAUAGCAACACCCUCUUUGCCUAUUUUGAUGCCAUGUAUGAGAUUCCUGAGAGUCAACCACAAGUUCAGUACUGGCCUUUGAAAUCCCUCCAAGUUGGUUUGCCAUAUCUGUCAAUCACCAAGCACAGAAAAAACUGCUGAGCUAAUCUGCCAUCGAUGGAGCAAGAUACAGAAUCUCUGUUUUAACUUUGAAACAUGAAUUGGUUUUCUGUUUUUAUAUAUAAAACAUUAUUUAUUAACUAGUUGAAAAUGUCUGCUCUAAUUAAAAAUAAUACUGCAAAGACAAAGAAUAACUAUCUCAUAAAGUAUAUUUAUAAUAUGG